GAGGAGACGAUGGCGGCGGCGGCGGCGGCGGUGGCGGCGGCGGCGGGGUUCCACGCAGCGAUGUGCGACAAAAAGACGAGCGCCGCCCGCGCGGCUUCUGCGCCCAGACACGUGACCGGACGAGAACGUCAAAGGAUCUCGUGAUUGACGGCCGACGGCGUCGACGGGAAGUGCGUCAGGUUACCAUGACGACAACCGUAAAGACAACGCUGCUGCUCUGUGGUUUUUUUAGAUGGCGGCCAUCAAUAAAGUCGGCGUGUAUGAAACGAGUGCGCGCCUGCGUGUUUGUUGACUCCCGGAGACAGACGAGGUCAAAGGUGAGCGGGUCUGUGGCUCACCGCGGUGAGAAAAGUCACAAACGUGCUCGAUGACUUCACUUUCAAGCGCCUCCCGGUCUCCCUGACAACCAGACGCCCGGCUGCCAAAACACCACACGCUGCCUUUCACACACGCACGCUCGCUCGGUGUGUGUGUUAGCGCUCAUUAAAUAUUCAUCCUUCAGCUGUUUGAAAGUUCCUGGCAGCCCAACGCCACUCGACGCAUUUAAAGCGGCCUUUGACUUCCCGAAAGGAACAUUUGGACGUCGACGUCGUCACAUUUGGAAUUUGGGUGGGAAUCUUUUUGCAGUUGUUACUCCUUUUGUGCGUGACACAUUGCUCGUUCGGGUUUGUCACGACGGAUGUUUGCAAUUCAGUUGCGGACGUACGCGACUCAAUUGCAAAUAUCUGCAAGUCCGCGUUGAGAUAUGUGCAAGACAAGUUUGACCAGUCGGUUGCGUCCGAUAAAAUCUUCAACUCCAAACUUGAUUUAAAAAUUUGGAUUGAAAUUGAGGCCGGUUGAAAAUAUUUUGUCACCGUCACGUUUCCCGAAGUGGACUUGCGCAGAUGUUCAAUCGUGUGCCGGAUAUCCGUGCUUGCUUUUCCAGAUUUGACGCGACCGAUUUUUAUUUUAUUUUUUUGUCCUGCGAUACGAGCAAAAAUGUAAGAUACGAGUGCGUUGCAGACGCCCACCGCUAGAUGGCGCCAAUACACUCUGCGACGUCGGCGCCGAUUCACCAAUCGAAGGGGAACAAGGCCCAAACAUUAGGUACGCUGGUGUCUUGUAUUUGCGUUUCGCACGUGGCGAAUUAGUUUUUAUUGCGUGUUUUUCUAUAGCACAUCACAGUCGAGUGUGAAAAAAAACAAAACGUUGAAAUGCACAUUUGAGGGCUAAAAUGGUUUCAUUACAUUCGCAUUCAUUUCAAUGGGGAAAGGUGACUUGAGAUACGAGCGCGAUGACAGAACAAAUUCAACUCGCAUUUCAAGGCACAAGUAUAUCUGCAGUUAAAUUCAACAGAAGUUGAAGGCAUAACACUGGGUUGGAAAAAUGUCUGAAUGGGAAAACGACAUGCGCUUGUCUCAUUCACGUCAGGUUUUGAUAGCAAGUUGCUAGCAGUUGGUUUAUCAAAUGUUGCAAACUUGGCUUACUGUAAACGUUACGGAACGUUACGUCAUCAUUGUUCAAAAUUCAGGGCAUGUUUAUUUGAAAUAGCGGUCCAUGUAACAAAAACGUGGCCCGAGUUCAAGAAGUUGACCUGAUUGAGCAAAACCAACGGAUUCGGCGAGAUCAAAAAUCUUCCGAUCUCGGCCUUGCGGGGCGUACGCUUCACGAAAUGAGGAAUCGAAGAUACCUGUUAUGUCGUUCCCAUUAGUCGCAAUUCAUUUACAGAUAUUUUGAGUGUGAAAACUCUAUGAUGAAAGAUGUUAAUGGGUGGAGGUUUCCCUUGCCCGGCGGACGCGGGUCACCGGGGCCCCCCUCUGGAGGCGGGGCUCAAAGGCGAACGCCUAGGCGGCCGGGCCGGCACCCGUGGGCCUCGAAAGGGUAACGCGGGUCCCCCUUCCGUGGGUUCACCACCUGCGGGUCGGGUACAGCGCGAGCGGGGCGGUGGCCGAAGGUAGGGAGCCGAACGUCUCCCCGGCGAGGUGUUCCGGGCACGUCCCACCGGAAUGGGACCCCGGGGACGACCCCCGGGACCUGCGUCUCUCCGACGCCUCGGGAUCACCCCGGAAGAGCUGGUCGAAGUGGCUGGGGAGAGGGAAGUCUGGGCGUCCCUGCUAGAGCUACUGCCCCCGAGACCCGACCUCGGAUAAGCGCUAGAAAUUGGAUGAAUGUAUGAGACCACCGGACCGUUGCAAUAUUAGUCGUUCGAACUGCUCUAAGUGCUCGAGGACUCUGCAUCUUUUUGCACAAUUGUUUUUUGUCAAUGUCUUGAUGUCCCCAAAGUGUUCUGUCAAUUGACCGUCUGUCGUACUCGAGCGGCUCCAACUACCGGAGACAAAUUCCUUGUGUGUUUUGGACACACUUGGCAAGUAAAGAUGAUUCUGAUUCUGAUUCUGAUUCUGAGAGUGAAAAUCGGGACUGUUCAAAAUGUCAUUACCACCGCGUUAUCUACAAUAUUAAGUCCUGGUCGUCAAACUUAGCGCUUGCCACCGACCGCUCCACGGUCGGCGAUGACGUCGUAGGGACUCUUGCCAUCAAAGCAGGAGAGUGGCCUCGCGGGCCCCCUGCAGGUCACGUGACCAGCGGCCACGCUUGAACCAGUCGAACCCGAGCGCCUGUCGGCAGAAACGUCCCGAGGUUCGUUGGCGGCGUCGGCACAACCUCCGCGUUGACACUUGAGUGGGGGGGCGCACGAAGAGUUAAGUUUGGGGCUGACCCGGCCUCGCCCCUUUGCGACUUCACACACACACACACGCUACACCUAAAACUCGCACCCACACACACGCGCGCUCACUUGAAAGCGGAAAGCAGAUGCGCGAAAGUGGUCAAAUCUCCAAUUGAUUGAUCGCUGCGUGACACGUACCCGACUGUGUGACGUCAUGGAGGUCCGCUUGCUGCUGCUGAUGACGACGACGAUGACGACGUCACAGGUGUUUGCCGUUAGCGCGUCAUCACACCACCGCGUUAGCAAGCGCUACACCAUCAACCCGCUGGGACACAAGUGGAUGCACCGAAACAUCACGUACAGACUGGAGUCGUUUCCGAACACGCUGAGCGCCGACGCCACCAGGAAGGCGCUCGGCGCGGCCUUCUCCAAAUGGAGCGACGUGUCGCCACUCAGCUUCACCGAGGUCCACGGAUGCGCCGCAGACAUCAGCAUCGGUUUCUAUGCGUUCAACCACUCGGACUGCCGGUCGUCGCCGCUGCAUCCGUGUUUCGACGGCGUCAAUGGCGAACUGGCUCACGCGUUCCUCCCGCCGCGCGGCGAGAUCCACUUCGACAAGCACGAGAUGUGGAUCGUCGGGAGGUCAAGGUUCAGCUGGAAACGAGGCGUGUGGCUCAACGACCUGGUCCAGGUGGCGGCUCACGAGAUCGGCCACGCGCUGGGCCUGUGGCACUCGGGCGACCCGCGCGCCCUCAUGCACCCCAACGCCACCUUCACGGGCCAGCGCGACGUCGGCCGUGACGACGUCGCGGGCAUUCGGAGGCUCUACGGUUGCGUGGACGAGAAGAGUGCGUGCGCGUCGUGGGCCGGCUCGGGUUUGUGCGAGCGUCGCAAGCGGUUCAUGAAGAAGAAGUGCCCGCGCAGCUGCCAAUUGUGCUUCGAGCCUCCGGAAGCCGCGGCCACGCCGACGCCGCCCCCCAACGUCCGGGUGAAGGUGGUCCCGCGGGGGAAGGUGGUGGGCUUCCGCUGCGGCACCAAGAACCCGCGAUCGCCACCUAGAGUCAGCUGGUACAAAGACGGCGAGCGCAUCGCGGCUUCUGUCCCGGGCCACAUCGCGCUCAAAGGUCACGAUCUCCGCAUCGUGGCCAAUGAGUUCAACGAGGGCGUGUACACCUGUCGCCUCCGUCGCCGCCUCCAUCGCCACGGCGACGCCGCGGCCGCCGACUCCUGGCGCGUCCGACUCCGGACCCCGGACGACCGCGACAGCUGACCGAGGACGAUGACGACGAUGAUGUCGUCGCUCGCCGCCGCCGUCAUCGAGUCCCAAGAUGAUUGAUUUGAAAGCGCUUCAAAGGGACCAAACUAUUUGAGGACUCCAAAAGCUUCCUUUGAUUUUUAAUGAUUAUUAUGAAUGUGGAAAACCACUGUAAAAAUUGACUGUGAAAUUUUGAAGAAACGUUGGCACAGGAAUGAGCUGAGUCAGCAGGCCCAUUCCAAAUUUCCGUGGAAAUGUUCGAUUUUUAAAUGAAAGAAAGUGCUGAACUUCUUGUUAGCAUGGAAGCUAUGCUAAUGUGAUCCAAUAUUCAAAGGGAAAAGAUCAAGAUCAUGUCUAAAAACUAAACAAAUGCCUGCUAGCUCAGCUCGCUCAAUGGUCUGGAAGCUUCACUUUACUUUUACAACAAUUAUUUUGUAAUCAUUAAUUGUUGUUACACUUAACUGAUAACAUAUUAUAAAUUUUAACUUCUUGGUCGUUUUUAUUCCAAUAAGAAUUGUUGCUGAGCGCAAAUGAAAGUGCUGGACCUCCUGUUAGCAUAGAAUCAAAUCGAAUAGAACUUUAUUGUCAUUGUCACAGGAACAAUGAAAAUCAGGAUGGACGCUACACAAAGUGCUAUCGCUUCAUUGUUCAGGGGGUCCAGCGAGUCGCCAUUCCAUCAAUUUAUUUUGACACGUAGAAAAUCAAAAUGUACUAAACUAUUUCAUUAACAAACACUUGCUAGCUUAGAUGCUAGCUGGCCUGCUAGCUAAGCUGUUUUGCUGGUCUGGAAGCUUCCUUCGAGUUUUAGAAUGAUUCUUUUGAAUGUACUGUAACUAGUGACUGUUUAAUUCAUCCUAUUCAAUUAAUGUUAGCAUCAAAAACGAUUUGUCAUAGUUUUAGCUGAGCCAAAAUGAAAACGCUUCGUGUAUUUUUCAUGUAAUCAUUGAAUGUUGUAACUGA